UAGUAAUUGACUACCUGGUGUUGACCCCUGAUUAUAUGUACAUAAUGUAUACGUACUCUGUUACUCGAGAUACUUGAAAGGCGGACAAACCAGCAGCGUGUGUGUAAGAUAAGAAAUCAAUUACAUCAUACGACGGUACAGGCAUUGGUAGAUAUGGAAAGUCUCCCUGUUAACGGUGACCAAGACGUGAGUUAUGACGACAAAGAUGUAUAUGAGCUUCAUUUUUCUGACGGAACCUCAGUGUCCAUGAUAUCUAUAGACGACACGCAUUUCAGCAUGGACUUUCUACUGGAGGAAAAGACACCCAAUCUGAUACCUUCAAUAACAAAUGCGUGGACGUUACCUUGUAGGAAGGACGAUGUCUUCAUAUGCGCUUUCAUGAAAGCAGCGACAUUGUUCCACAACUGGUUUGAUUACACCACCGCCUGGGAAGAGGCCCUCUCCAGCACAUACAAAGACACGCCCGUAUUGCAGCUAUAUUAUGAGGACUUACAAAGGGAUGGUUUUACGAGUAUUCGACAGAUUGCAGAUUUCCUAGAAUUAAAGCAUAGCGAGGACUUCCUGCACAAGGUCCACACGUGUUGUGGCUUCGAUAAUAUGAAAAACAAUAAGAUUGCAUUAGCUGGGGUUAAAAAUGACCGAACCCAAGCAGCAAUGUACCGAAAAGGCAAAAUUGGAGAUUGGAAGAACUGGUUUAAAGUAACCGAAAGUGAGGAUUUUGACAAGGUUUACCAUUCACGCAUGAAAGAUUCAAAGUUCAGUUACACGUGGGAAUAAUAUGCUGAGUCGUGACGUCACACUUGCUUCCCGACAUAAUGUACACUUGCCACUACAUACCAGAUACAACAGAAUCAUUUUGAAUUUAGUUUUUUAUUGGCAGUAUCUGCUUUAUUUACUAGGUUACUACUAUCUAUGUUCUGCUACUAUUCCGGUUUACAACAAAUUCAGUCAGUUACGCAGUUACAGGAUAUAACAGUAUACGCAAAAGACAUUACACGUUUACCAUGUUGUAUUAAGUUAUAACCAGAAUGUAAAGCCGGCGAUGCAGUCAUUUUAUUCUCCGGUUUUUACCUAUAAAAUUGAUUUCGUGUUUAAAUCACAACUUGUAUCCUCUUUAUUGAAAAAAAUUACAAUGACAUUUAAUUGAG